AUGAUAACACUGCUGCUAAUAUGUACGGGUACAAUCGUAGUUGCACAGAAUUACGUUACUGUUAAAACAUCAUAUGGUGUUGUACAAGGCCGCUCUGUAGAUUACGGUGACGACAGAAGUCAGUUGUAUUAUGGACAAGCCGACAUUUUCCUCGGUAUACCAUACGCUCAAGCUCCCAUUGGUAAUCUUCGAUUUAAGAGAGCAGUCGAUCCGAUGCCAUAUAAUCAAAUCUAUGAUGCAACUUACUACAGGCCAAAAUGUCCACAGUUAUAUGCUGGAGAUUAUGUAAAUGAAGAUUGCCUUUACUUGAAUGUGUUCACGCCAAAGGUACGGCCGGAACUCAACCUGCAGCUGCAGUCAUGGUCUGCAGUCAUGGUGUUUAUCGACGGUGCAAACAACUUCGGCCAAGGUGGUUGGGAUUCAACCACUCAAAAGGGAAUGGUACGAAAUCUAGUAUCGCGAGGUGUCGUCUGUGUAACGCUACAGUAUCGGUUAGGAGCACUUGGUGGGUCUUUUUUUGGUCCAACAAAAUAUGGUGCGCGUCCAUAUGCUAUUCAUUGA